AUGGACCAAGAUGUGGAUUCGUGCCGGUUUCGGCAGACUGUCGCGACAUACUGGUCAGAAGCGAUACAAGACACUGCGCUGCAGACGCGCAGCAUCUACGGCCUCGGAGAGCUGGCGUUCAGAAUGCUCAAGGAGGCUCAUUCCCGCUUGGGAGCGAGAUUCCCAGAGAUCCUCGAGAACCUGCGAUCCGCUUUGCGGCAGGGUCAGGUUGUUCAGCACAAGCUGCAGGAGAAUGAUGAUGAUGCCACAGCUGUUAGGAACACCGUCCACGGGCUGAUGAGUUCUGGGCAACUGUUGCUCAAGGCCAGCGAAGAUUCGCAGAGCCUCGAGAUCACGGCUUUCUUUGACUUCAAUGGACAGCAGAUUUGUCGGGACAUGCAUCAACUCACCGAGUGUGCAGACAAGGCUAGGCUCACCAUGCCACUAGGCGGUAAGAACGACUCGGAGCGGGUGCACAUUUUCACAAGCUGUGUGGAACGUGCCAUCGGCUUGCGCCAAGAACUGGUGGAACUGCUGCAGACUGGCCAUCCACACAGCCGCGCAGGACAAACUCUGAGGUUCCCUUCGACGGGAGAAGGGCUUACCAGGAGAACGCUCUGUGAGCUGGAUGACAGGCUGAAAUGGGCACGGGAUGCAGUCAUGCAGUGGCACCAUGCUCUGGAGUCCGUGCGCGCCGAGUGCCCGCUCAUGAGCUGCGUUCCAGCAAGAAACGUAGUCAAGCUUGCGGCGGCGAUCAUAGAUGGUGAGUGGACCCGACUUUCCUCGCUGGUUUCUGUUGCCAUCCGUGCUCCAAAAGUGCUGCAUGGAAUCGGGAACCAACAUCUGCAGGAUCUGUUUGCAGAGAGCCAGCGGCAUGUGCCGGACGAUAGAGCUCAUGUUCGCUUCCUGUCUGAACUUGCGAAGUGCCUGAGAGUCUUCGUUGAGGAGGAGUCUGUUGCGCAGCUCCCGCCCUUGCAUCAGGUAGCCAGGCGGUACCCGCAAAGACGUUUAGCAGAUGAUGCCACCCAGAAGAGCCGGAUCUCGCGGCGGUUAAAUGCUCAGAUCUACCCGAGGCGAGUCCUCCUGAUCCAAGAGGAGGAAUCCCAUGAAAAGGCUGGGUCAAUCAUCCAAAGCACAGCCUCUAUCACCCUCCUUUCUGCAAUGCUCUCGCUUGGUGUGGGUCCUGGCCCUGAGAAUGUUUUGCAUUGUGAUGCCACCACCAUGAAGGAUGACGUGCUCCGGUUCCUGCAUAGUGUCUCUCAUGCGACCUGUUCGGCGCGGACCAACGGUCUUCAAUCUGAGGUGGUCGGUGUCUGUGUGCAGGUGGAUCGUCUUCCUCUUGACGUGUGGCAGGUGCUUCUCAACAGAGUUGAUGCCCUAUAUGCACGUGCAGGCGCUCGUCGGGAAUCUGGCGGAGGUGCAGAUGUGGAAGUUCGCUUGGUGUUUACUUUGACACGGCAUGCACCCAAGACCAUGAUUGAUACACUUGAGAAAGACCUGUGCAAGAAACAGCUGAUCAAGAUCCUGACUCAUGCGACUCUGAAGCGCACACUUUCAGAAGCUGGCAAAUGCUUAUGCUGGCACAUGGUCGUCUCAUCGGAUGUUUCUGGUAAUGGCAAGACACAUCACAUUAUGAAUCACCCAGAAUGGGAUCGAUCCUCCAAUGCCAGUUUGGUCUGGGGCGGUGCGCAAAGUCGUGGGCAGGCAGCGCUUGAGCUUAAGAAAGCCAUUGACACCGGUGCUCGCUGCUUGCAUUUGGAGCUGCACCCUUUCGAGGAGGGCGGUGGUGUCAACGUUGACCUGCUCGUUUCCGAGCUCCUCCUCUUCGGUUCAGUCUAUGAUCCUUCGACGUCCGAGUGGGCGCGGCUUUCAUCUGGCACAAGGCUGUUCCUGGAGGUGGCCAACUCGAUCAAGGUGAGGCCACAAGCAAAGGCUGCGGAGUUAAUCCCUUUGACUCUCUUGUCAGUGCCCUUGCUGAAACUUAUGCCCGGGCAGUUUUGCGUUUCGCCCGACCUCCCCUUCGAGUUCGGUUUGGCAGACCUGGAUCCAACAUUCGCAUCACACCAGGCACGAGAUUUCAGUCUGGCUGGAUCAGCUUUGCUUGUAAACGACCUUCGAUGCACAAGACUAGUCGGAAGCGCAGAGGAGGAUGUCGUUUUCAAGCAGACUGAAUCCGGUGUGUUGAGCGGCCAUCACGCACAGCUGGUGCAAGAACGCGCUGCUGAUGUUGUCCACGCAGCAAAGGAAGCUCUGCGAAGGGCGCACGACAGUCAAAGGGUGGGCAACUUUGCGAUGCCCUCCAAGGCGACCAUUUUCACCUUCCUCCGCUUUCUGGCAGAGUGGACGCAAAAGUGGGCAAAUCAACUGCGUAAUUUUGAAAUCACGUUUGAUGAGAUUCGCAACGUGGAUGCCCCACGCGUCUUUCUUCCGGUCCUGGAUGAGAUGAUCCGCAUGGCGGCCGGUGUUUGCCUUCGGUCUGCUGCUGCAGAGGAGCAAGAGAAGCACUCGCGUGACGAGCUUGCCUUGCGACAGCAAAUUAACCGGAACAGUGAGGCCUUGGCUUUGCAAGAGGCCAUGGCUGGCCGAAUUAUGGAUGUUCGCUGCGCUGCGACUGCGGCUUGGGCUUUCAACUCGGGAGAUUCACUCCGUUUGGUUGGCAGCCGGAGUGAGGUGCCUGAAGCGCUUCGGAAGCUGUGGGACGUGUACAACCAGGCCGUGCUCCGGAUGCUCGGAAUUGGAAAGAGAGGCAGAAGCCACACGAUUCAGCCACUGCCUGUGAAUUUGGCGAGUUCAAGCCAAACGGAGAUGAAAGAGCUGCUGCUUCAAGUGAUGUCUGACCACGGCAUGUCCGAUGCUCAGCUUUCCGAGGCUUUUAAGGGGUUCGUGCUGACCCCCGACAACAUGAUCAAGCUCGUGGACAUCGCGGAGCGCCUCCGUGCUGGCCUUCCUUGCAUACUGAUGGGCGAGGCUGGCUGCGGGAAGACGGUGCUCCUGCGACUCACGGCUCAACUGCUUGGGGCUGGCAAGCUGAACGAGCAUUCAGUACAUGCAGGCACUUCGGUCGAGGAGAUCGUCGCAGUUUUGAAUAAGGCGGAGGUCAUGGCCCAGCAAGGCAGGAAUCAGAUGGUGAUUCAGUUCUGGGAUGAGCUGAACACGUGUCCCCAUCAACCACUUUUCAAGCAAAUCAUUGUGGACCGGGUAAAUCCCAGUACCGGCCGAUCCAUACACAAAUCAGUCAGAUUUGUUGCAGCUUGCAACCCGUGGCGCUUUGCGCAGAACCAGGCGAUGUCUGCUGGCUUCGACAGCCCCCCCGCGGCUGAAGACCGGCUGUCCGGGCUGGCCUACCGCGUGCACCCACUUCCUGAGAGUCUGUUUGGGCACCUUUCUUCCUUCGGCCAGCUCGAUGCUGAGACGGAAGCUCAAUAUGUGGAAACCAUGGCAGCGCAAAGCCCGAGCGUGCUGGACGCGAAUGACCGGCCGCUCAAGCCUCCGCUAGUAAAAGAGCGAAUGUGCAAGAUCGUGGCUCGCUGCGUGCGGGUGGUGCAUGCUUUCUACCGAGAGAGGCUGGCACUGACUGCAUCCUUGCGAGACCCAACCCGUCUGCUCAGGCUGUGGGCCUUCAUCCGUUGGGAGUGGCAGCACAGAGGCCGGAAGUUGGAGGAGGUGGAGAAGCAGGAUCUCAAGUCUUUGAUACUUGCCAUCCAUCUCUGCUACGAGCUGAAGCUCCCGAACCUGGAGCUGCGCCAGCAACUCGUGGCAUCUCUUCUUGCAGAUUCGAAGCUUGGUGACUGCUUGCAGGGGCACUUGGGUGUCCACAUCGAUGACGAACUGGGCCGCCUCGAGGUGUGGCAAAGCGUGGUGCGCGAAGAGGAGGAGUACUGGCUGAACGCUAUCAACGUGCCGGACAACAUCGCCAAGAUCCGGGCCUUGAGGGAGAACGUUCAUGCCGCUCUGAUCUGCUCGAUGACAAGGACUCCCAUCUUCAUCCUUGGCAAGCCUGGAUGUUCCAAAUCGCUGACAGCUUCGCUGCUUGUUAGCGCUCUGACAGACCCCCAUUCCGACGAGCUGAAACACUUGGCGAGCUUCAGCGUGCAGCCAUACCAGGGGAGCCGUCAGUCGACGUCCAGCUCCUUGCUGCAAGUUUUUGACCGCGCGCUGAAGCAGCAAGAGAAGCUCCGGAAGUUGAAGCGGCGAACGCGGCCUCUGGCGUUGGUCUUGCUAGAUGAGGUAGGCCUUGCUGAGCAGAGUCCCCACAACCCGCUCAAGGUACUUCACUCUCGGCUGGAGCCGCGGAAGCCGGAGGAAGCCGUGUCCGUCAUCGCAAUCAGCAACUGGGAGCUUGACAGGUCCAAAAUGUCAAGGGCCCUUACCGUGGCAUGCCCGCCAGCCUCAGAGUCAGAUCUGCAAGAGAUCGCCCUGGCCAUUAUCCGGGCAUACCUGGCCCACGACACCCAGAUCCGACGCCAGCUGGAGGCCAACUUGGAGCACAUCUCACGGGCCUUCAUGGGGAUUCUUCAGAACCAGCAGCCGAGUGAUUUUCAUGGUCUCCGAGACUGGUACGGCAUGUGCUCCUACGCUGCACGUCUUCUUUUGGCAGCCGACGAUGCCAUGGAGCUCGUCUCCAAGGAGACAGCGCCGGGUGCACUUAGGCAGGCCGUGUCUGACACGUUAAGCAAAGAAGCAACACAGCUUGUGAAACUGUGUUGGGAGCGGGAGCUGAAGUUCGUUCCAGCUGAUUGGGCCUUGCAGAUGGCUGUUUACAACAAUUUCAGUGGAAACAGCAGGCAGUUGGACGAAGGCGGCCAGAUUGUGCAUACACUCAAUAUCAUGAAAGACAGCCUGGAUGCAGAUGCAGGUGUCUUUGUACCGCCACUCGCAAAGGUUCUGCCUGAGGUCACCAGCACGGUCAAUCGGCUAGAUUCGUUGUUGGGCGAUGUGGAUGGACGCCACCUCAUGGUGAUUACAGACUCGCCUGUUCCGCUGAUUGCUUGGAUAGAGCAGCGUGCCCGUGCUGUUGCCAAUUGGAAUCCCGAGAGUCUCGUGGGAAGUCCGUUGGAGCACGAUCGACUGAGUACAGACAUGUAUGCGCAGAGUAUGAUUCAAGCUGCGAUCGUCAGCAUGGCACAAGAAAAGCGACUGCUGAUCUUGCAAAAUCUGAGCAUAAUCUAUGCAGCCUUGUACGAUGUAUUCAAUUCGAACUAUUGUCGGGCUGGCGGUGACGGCCAGAGGUACUGCCGAAUUGCACGAGAGGGUUUCUGCAAUCCUCGCUGCGCUGUCGCUGAGCAAUUCAAAGCGGUUCUUGUGGUGACACCCGAGCGAGCUGCCGAAUACGAGCCUGCGCUGCUGAACCGCUUUGCAAAGCUUGAGGUGUGCUUGUCAGAUCUGCUCCCCUCGAAGAACACGUUGCUCGAGUGGGAGGAGCAUGUCGCCGAGGUCUGCCCACGCCUCGCCUGUGUGGAAAGCACGCCGCAGCCCUUGGUGCCCACGGAUGUGAUGGCCGCUUGCCCGAUGGAUCCUGCGCAGCCGGACUUGACGUGCCUGUUUGACAUGAUAUCCCUGUCGGCUGACAUGCGUUGCACUGGCCAAGCCGACCCGUCUGAUCCAAAAGGUCGAAGCAGCACGGAGCAGAAGGACGAGUUGUUGUUUCCACUUCUCUCGCUCGAGUGCUCCACGGAUCGAAGUGCACAAGGCAAGUUGUCGAGCGUCCCCAGCACGCACUUCGGCGAGCUGCUCCAGAGGACAUGGGAGGAGUUUGGAAAGAACAACGAGAACUCCGUCCACGCCAUCCUGCCCAUGCUGGUCCCCACCUUUAGCGCCAUCAACCAGAGGCUGGAACUCGAAGCGGUGCCUUUCAUCGAGGACGACAAAAUAGUGUUCACCGAAAUCCAGAUGCAGGAGACCGUGUCCCAAGGAAUGUUUCAGGAUGCCGCCAAGCAGCAUCUGGACAAGGUGGAGCAGGCCUUUGAUCAAGAUGGGGUGCUGUCAGUUCUGCACGUCCAUCUUAGCAUGAAGCAAGAUGAUGCAGCAGACAUCGUGGAUUACCUCCGUUUCCAAAUGGAGUGGGUGGCACGUGAGCUGCGGAACCGAGUAGAUGCAUCCAUCUUGCACGGCGAGAACGCCGAUCUCCAUUCAGCAGUCCAUGUGUUGGCUCUCGUUGUCCAUGGUUUCAGAGGCAGUCCUGAUCUUUGCAUGCGACCGUUCUUGCUGGCAGGUCCGGUGGACGCCCAAGGCAGAGACUCAAAGGUCAAGAUGCAUCCUUGGACAGGUGCAGCUGUCGAUCAUUUCUCUCACCUCCUACCAUGGGGCAUGAAGCCAGAGACGCUGGCGUACGGAAGUAUUCAAGAGAUCUUCGGCCUGGAGGAUGAGGACACGGACCGCUUCCGCCUGAUACUGGCAGAUGCAUUGCCCCACGUUGUGCCAAGCUUCUGCCACGGAGCGCAACUGGCCGAUAGUUUCUCAAUCAUCCAGAGCCUCAUGCGCGCCAUCAACAACAAGCCGGCUCUUGUCCGAUCUAUUCGUACAGUGCUUGCUGCAGAGCUUUCUCAAGAGCAGGUCCAUUGGCGCGGCAAAGUGUGUGGAGAUGUCACUCUUCUCCGGCGCACAGGCCCUUUUCAGCUGGCACUGCUCUCUCACCUACGGCGAGAUGACAAGGUGGGUCCAGUCUUGGAGGCCGCAUGGCAGCAUAGCCUGCACACCAGCUGCCCGGACCUGGAUGCCCAUGACAUUCAGAAGACGUGGUGGCAGCCGGUAGCCGAGUCCUUGCUCAACCAGGCCUCGAGAGCCGAGGCAGGCAACCUGACAGAGAUCACCUUGGCCGUGCAGCAGCAUGCCGAAGUCUGGGCUUUGAGAAUGCCGGGGAGCGCGCGCUUGAUGCAAAUGCUGUUUGCACAGCGGAAGCAGGUGCAGCAACAAGAGGAUUUUCUUCUAGCCGUGCUCGAUCGGGCGGACAGGCUUGCCCAGUUGAUGGAGCGCUGUUUACCAGAACCGCUUUGGAGGGCUUUACAGGAAAGUGGAAGGUGCGUGGAUUCAAGCUUCAUCGGCCUUCUGGGUGAGGAUGUGGUCGCCGAGGUUGCAUCUCGCGCUUGUGCGAGCUUGGCAGAAUGGCCCGGACACAGCGUGUUCGAACCAGUGCGAGUUCACCUCCAUGUUUGGGUCUGCGCAGUCACAGCGCACUUACUGGCAUUCAGGCCUGGUGCGGAGCAGGAAGACGACUCGUGUGCACUUGUAGCAUUGUGGCCUGCAGUCGCUGCCAGCCUGCUUCUACCCAUUUCAGAGCAUGUGGCGAGCUUGCAUGUGCGCUUUCCAUCCGAGCGAGGGGCACAGGAACAGUGGCAAGAUAUUUGGAUGCCUUUUUGCCUCCCCCUUCCAUCCUCGAUCACGUGGGCAAAGCUUCAGCUGAGGGGAGUUGGCGGAGCUCUGCAGCAUCAUGCGGCAGUGCUUCAAGCGUGUAUUGAUGACAGCCUCAGGGCCGCGGAAGAUGUCUCUGAAGGGCUGCAGUUGCUGGCACAGCUUUCCGUCUUGGUGGAGCAGUUUGCUGGUGUUGCACACUGCCCGGAUCUUCUCAGGACUGCAGUCACUUCCUACAUGCUGGCAUCCUUCCCGGGCAAGUCCGCAGAGAUCAUCGAGACCAUUUGGGAGCACAUGAGGCAAGCAGGCGAGGGGCACCUCAUGGCCGUUCUGGCGGAGCUGGUGCGCUUGGAGGAUGUUCCACCCCGAGUUGCACUUGUGGGCACCUGCUACUACUUGGGAUUGAUCAGCAGUGGGGCCCAAGCAGGUGUGGAUGAACACACUUCAAUCAUCACUAUUUUGUGUUCGGCCAUACGCCGCUUUGACUACAGCUUCCAGGAUUUGGAAGGCAGCAAGACAUAUCUCCAGCAGAUGGCAGGCUAUCUGAUGAGGCACGUGAUUCAGGCUUCCUGGCCAACUUCCAUCAAGUGGAGUAGAGUGGAAGGUGUCUGCCAAACGGUGCUGCAGGAGUUUGCACUGUUGAUGGACGGCACAGGCGAGUGCAGGGAGUCGGCAGGCGGUAUGAUGACCCUUCUAGACGAGCAUUUGCCUCCACCAGCUGCGGGGCCCGGAUGGGACACCCCAUUGGUGGCCUGCUUGGCGGAUGCCUUGUCCACAACUUCGCAACUGAGCUCCGUCAUCUCAUGCCUUGUGAGCCAUGCGCUGCAAAAUCCGAAGCCGCAAGCCAGGCGGUGGGCGUGUGAAAUGCUGGAGAAGGCUUUCCGGUCAGCCCAGGAUGCUCUGAAAGCUGUAAAGCUUUCCCCCUCGCAGAGCCUCAUUGCCCUUGUGUUUGUGCGGGGCUUGGUGGCAGGCAGUGCUGCAUUGGUGGAGAACCGGGAUGAGGACGGGGUGGAUGGCCUUGUGACCCACCUGGUGCAGCUCCUGCAGAUGCCGGUGGGUCGAGACUGUUCAGUGACACCUGUUCAGCUCUGCACGUUUCACGGUGAUGGCGUUUGGGCCGCAGAGCUCCCAGCCCCGCUUGCUUCUCUGUACGUGGUGGCAGCAAGCUUCCGAGCCAACUCAAUCCCAACAGGCAUGGUCGUGCGCCAGCUCUUUGAAGUCAUCGCUGAGAAGGCGGACGACUGCGAGCUACACCGCUUUCUGACCAGAUGCCAGGCUGAAGCGCUGGAAUCCUCCAACGCGCUGGGCCUUUCCGUUCUGCUGCCGGGAAAUCGGGAAGAUUUCGUUCAAGCUCUCCUCGUGGCCUUGCAGGACCUGGGGAAUUCAGCAACAGCUGAGGCGGCUGCGGCCCGGUUCAGUGCCCUUUGUGCGCAGAUGAAAAACGACUUCCGAGGGCUGGUGCAGUGCAUGCGCGCAGCUGGGGAGGUGGCAUGCAUGCAGCGCUCCGCAGCAGAUGAAGCGAGUGCUGACCAGGCCUAUGCCGUCUGCAAUCGACUUCCCCAGGAAGCACUGGGCCCAGCAGCGGUUCUUUUGGCAGCCACUGCAGAGGACGACACCGUGCAGGAGAACUUCGACUGGAAUCGUGACUUGCUCGACAUGGAUCCGUCAAAUCAGGCACCGUGGCGGAGUUCCGUGAUUGCCCACGUCCUGUGCUUCUUGGGAGCUGCCCAUCGAAGUGUCUGCACCGGUCCGAUACCGCUGGCCCUCGAGCCUUUCCGUGCUUUCCUGACCUUGGACCAGCAGGCCUUGGGAACCAAUUUUUGGCCAGGACUUCCCGACAGCUUUUGGCACGCCUUGAGAUACGCGGGACUGCACAAACACGGGCUGCCACCCAAUGCUAACAUUGCCUGGGCACAGUGCGACUGCGGAUACCGAUACUGUUACGGGGCCUGCGCUGCCCCCGCAUCCUUUGGCCCCUGUCCGAGCCCGAACAUCUCAGAGGGCCAAGGUGCUUGUACCCGAAGCAAUGGCGGUCAAGGGCACAAGUUUUGUCCUGGGCAAAGGCUGGUCGCCAUUGUGGCAACUCAGCCGCCACAUGGGAUCGGCUGGCCACCCAUUUAUGCAGACAUGUCGAGGGACUUUCCUGCAGCUGUCCAGUAUCCGGCACCUCGGCCUGGGCUGUUUGCCCUCACAGAGGCAGACGAGAGCAUCUCUGUCAAGCGCACGACCCGCGCAAGUGUGGCUCAGUCGCUCAUGACGGAGACUGUUCGACAGGAUUGGAACCAGCCCUUUGGCAAGCCGCCACCACCCGGGUCCGGCCUGCGACCUGUGACCUUCCGAGUGCUCCACCUUCUGGUCCACGCCAGCGCACUCAUCGGUGUCGGCAUGGAAUGGGCCCAGGAUCAGGAAAGACUGGUGCACCUCUUGCAGGAACACCUGCACCGCGUGGCCAUGAUGAACCCUGUUCGGGAUCAAGACGACACCGUGUGGUAUUUCAUGGCGAACGUCGAAGCAGAUCUCGCCGCCCUCGCCAAGCAGUUCAACAGCACCGUUGAGGUCGCCGCUCUAUUCGUGCACGCCAUCCUCCACAAGUUGGGGGAGGCUGAGCUGGCCCAGCCAGCUGCAGUGGACUGCACAAGCCCUGCAGGGCGGGAUGCGUACGAGGCAUGGUUUGAUGCGAACGUAGUCUUGCCGGUCCUCGGAGUCGAGAACAGCUCGGGUGGCUUUUCCCUGCCGGGCGUCCAGGCCUUGCGCAGACUUGCAGGCCAGGCCCGAGACCCAACAAUGGUGCUCUCCACAGACCUGCUGGCCCGAAGAGCACCUCCGAGUGAGGCAUGGGAUCAGAUGAACGACCACGUGCGGGCCUCCUUGCUUCCCCAUGUGCUCAGGCCACCUAUCUGCCCAGAUGCUGAGACCACCUACGAGGAACUGGUCAAGAGCGGCGAGGGCACUUCUUUGGUGAUUCUGCGAUUGGUCAUGGCCGGUAGAGGGGAGGAAGGCUCUUGGCCCGUUCGGAAUGAGCUGGCGCGGGCAGCCAGCCUUGCGUGGAUUUUGCCUUUCAUGCGCCUUGUCCGUGAGAAAGAGGGUGGGCGCAUUACCAUGCGGGAGGCCAGAACCAUCACGAUGAGGGACUGGCUUGAAAAGCAGGCGAGGGGACCGGAGCAGCAACGAGCUUGGGCUCUCUACCGCGAUUGUGAGGCAGCAUGGAAUGCAGCGCUGUCAGCUGGCAACAUACAGGAUGGGUGCGGUCGCCUCACCCUUCCUAAAUGGUCCUUGAGUUCUCCACUUGCGCUUGCUUGCCCGAUUUGCGAGCCGGAGCCUUUACAGUUCGGGGAUCUGACCGUCGGGGGCUAUCCUGAUCCGGCGGAACACUGUGCAGCAGUUGGUCUGCAUGAGCUGGCUUUGAAUCAUAACAAGGUGUUGGCCGAGGUGAAGACCUACUUACAGGGGCCCGGUUCUUCCCACAUCCAGGCUAGGCUGCACAAUGCAGAAAAGUUUCUCUGCACUGCUGACGGCAGCGAAGGCACGGAGGGCACAUGCUGUGCGGAGAGCGGGGAGCCGUCGAUCCUCCUCCUGCAACAUGCAACGGUGCCAGACUUGCUCGUCCUGCCCGCGCAACUUCAAGACGCAUGCGCCGCGCAGGAGGAGGAGCAGCUCACACCUACAGACGAGCCGUUCCCAGAAAAGAAGCUGCAAUUGGACUUUCAAGUCAACAGCCUGCUGGAACGGUUCUAUCAGCACCCUUGGUCGGCAGAUGCUCGAGCUCGGGGCCGCUACGAUUUCCAGGCGAUGGAACAGGACCUGGCUUUGAGGCUGGUUGCAGGCCGCCGGCCGCUCCAAGUCCGCAGCCAGGAUCACAAAGAGUUGCAAGCCGACAUUGAAGACUUCCCAUACCGCAUCUACCAUGGAAACGUGGACGUUCGAAUCUUGAACCGCAUAAAGGCUGACUGCCGGCGACUUGCUCCGCAGGUGUCAUUGAAUAAUGCCUUGGGUGUCCACCGCGCGGAAGAAUUGGAGGCCUCCUUUUUCAGGAACUCAGCCAAAGCCUCGGAAGUCAGCCAAAUCACCGGCGACUUGAUCGCUUUGCUCCUGGGUGCUCGUCACAUGGACGGUAUCAUUCGAGGAGACAUGACGCUGCGUCAGUUUGCGGAGGUGUACACGAUAGCCGAAAGCUCGUUUCCCAACAAGACGUCACAAUCUCACCCAGAUGCCUUGAUGCGGAUUGCCAACAUGCAGGAGAUUGCAGAUGUCCCACUGCGUGCCCUCACGGCACUGCACCUGCUUUCUCGGGAUCUGUUGGCCAUGACGCAGGGAGUAAGCGUUCAGUUUCGGGAUGCACAGGACGAAUGCACGGACGCAGCAGACUUGCCCGCCGAAUUGGAUGUUUGGCUGGAUGCGCUCCGAAAUGCCCACCCAGAGGUCUUGCUCUGUAUAUGCCGACUGAUGUCGCGGGUGUUGUACCUGAGCUGUGAGAAGCCGCUGGCCACACGUCGACCUCACAACUGCGACUAUCGACAGCCGCCGAUGCUUGCCCAGAUGGUGGUGGGCAUGGACGUUGUUGAGGAGCUGUCAGCAGUGUGCAGUGGCGUCGCAGAGCGGUAUGCGGACGAGCCAGUUCCGUCGUCUUUGUGGCACUGGAACGACUGGGAGCCAGGUCACACCAUAGCAGCCUUCAAAAAGUGCUGUGAGUGCUGGCGGCAGGUGCGGGAGCCGUAUCUGGCGCCGACGAAAACUGUCCUGGCCUGCUUUGCGGACCCAGGAAUUUCGAGUGGCAUGGUCAAGCCCUCGGUUUGGCGACGGGCGAAUGUUGGUGUCGGCGCCGCAAAGCGACCAGCGAAAGUGAAGAAGAUGAAGAAGGCCGAGGAGUUGGCAGACUCGAGUGAUGAUGGGCAGGAGAUGGCUUGCGACAGCACCAGCAGGAGCGGGCAACAGUCCGUUUCAUCUGCAGUUCCAGGUCUUCGGGAUAUGGAGUCGGAGUUGCCUGUGCUGACAGCUUCGCAGCAGCGGAUUUUGCAGCAGCUAGGUUUGCGCCGCCAGCCAACUCCGAGCGACGGUGCGUGUCAGUUCCAUGCAGUCUCCACGGCCGUCGGUGAAGAUGCAAUGGCGGUUCGACGCAAUGCGGUUGCGUACAUACGUCAGCAUCCGGCAGAAUUUGAAGAAUUCGUAGAGGGCUCGCUGGAAGACUAUUUGAUAGGCAUGAGCGACCCCUUCCGGUGGGGUGAUCAUGUUACCUUGAUCGCCAUAGCCGAGCAUUACAAGCGGCCCGUACGUGUCAUCUCGGACAGAGAGGAGGCAGACUUUCAAGUGGAUCCUGUCCGCUCUUCUCCAGCCAGCAGCGAUACUCCAAUUUGCGUGCUCUUCUACGCAGAAUUGCACUAUGAAGCCACCGUGCAAGACACGUCUUCAGCUGCAACACUUCGUUGUCUGGAGGUUGUAUAG